AACUAUUCAAUAUGGCGGACAAAGUCGACGCUUUCAAUAAAUAAAGUCAGGAAAAUUAGUUAUACAGAAUAUCUUGUUAGUGACCAAAAAACAAGAACUUUAAACAGACAUUUACUAAAAUGUCGGCCUCAACUAAAUCAAUGACGAAUGUCAAAGAAGCAAGGGAACUUUACGAUCUCAAAGAACGUGCAGCUAAAUUUUACGAUGAAAAUGGAGUUCCGCAAAAGAUGGAAGAAAUUCUCAAUUCCAUGUUCUAUGAAAAUCCUGCAGACGUUUAUGGUCAUUUGGCAAAUUAUUUCCAAGGAUAUUCAAAGACACCAACAAUUACAAAGGUGAGAGCAAGGACUGCAAUUGAUGGGAAAGGCCAGGCAUCUAUACAGACAGACAUUUUCUGUACAGUAAAUAAUAAGGAAAAGCUAGUAAGCUCGACCUUGAGUUCAAGUACAACACCGUCACUGUUAGAAAUUGCAAAGGCAGAGGAGCUAGAGGAAGAGAUGAAAGAAAGGGAGAAUAAUGUUGCUGCAGCCAUUCAACUGAUAAAUACUGAAGUUUGUACCAAACUGAAUGGCCAAGACCCUUCAAAACAAGAGGAACUUGAUACCUUAGUAAGUGAAAUAAUUGCCAAACUGAAGGCAGCGGAGGAGGAAAAGUUAGCAUUGGAGGCUGAACAGACAGAGGGUACUGAAGAAACCAAAGAUUCAGAUAAGAAACCUACAAGUAGUGUCAGCAAAAGUGAUAAACCUAAAUCUGGAAAGAAUGAAAAUAGAGCAGUUAGUAAGAUGGGAGCAGAUACAACAACAACAACAGGGGGUAAAGGUGGAAAGGGUGGAGCUCCUGUUGUUGUUGUACCAGAUGAACCUAAGGAGAAUAUGAUAUGUGGAAGCUGCUGCAUGAGUGCCGCAAGCCAGGCUAUCUGCGUUGCCGGAGCUCGAACUACAGACUCACCAUUGUUUGAAUAUAUUGGUGCUUUACGCUGUGGACAGACACCAAAAAAGUUUAGGAUGCCACUGCCAAUGGUAACAAUCUUCCAGAGUGGUAGAUCUGCUCCAGGGAAAUCGUGUUGCAUCAAAGAAUACAUGCUGGUGCCAGCACCGGGAAAACCACUUUGUGAGACGAUUCCCCAGAUUGUUGCUGUAUAUAAUGACAUUGUAAAAUCUAUUGUGAACAAAAACGGGGUACCCACAAAUAAAAAAGCUGAAAGGGUUGCUGCCAAAAAUGUGACAGAUAUAGGAGCCUUGAUGAUGCCAUUUGACCGACCAGAACAGGGAUUGGAUCUGAUUCAGGAGUCUAUGGGACGGUUAGGUUUAACUCCUGGUGAGGACAUGUACAUGGCCCUUAAUCUUGCUGGCCAUGAAAUAUUUGACUAUGACACAGGAGGAUCAAAAGAGAAAGCUUCGCAGAGUUUUCCCUUUGCUGACAAAAAGCAGCCAGAAAAGGGAAAGUAUGAGGUUAUCACAGGUCAGCAAAAAUUGGCAGAGGAUAUGGUUGAUUUCUGGGCAGAAUUUUUAGGCCGGUAUCCAGCUGUAAUAGCUGUCAUAGACCCACUGAGAAAACAGGAAGACAAGCAGUGGAUGGCAUUAUGUGAGAAAAUAUCUGAGAAAUGUUACAUUCUGGGAGAUAAAGUUUGGCAUAGACCUGGUUUAUUAAAAGAUGAAGAGAUCACAGAAAAUUUCACAAGCAGUGGUGUUAUCUACAAACUCGAACAAAUGAAUACAGUUUCAGAUGUGAUAAAGUGUGCAAAGAAAAUGGAAGAGAAUGCAAAUGAAACUGUGUUGUCAACAAAUAUAGGGGAAACAUCAGAUGAUUUUAUAGCGGAUAUGGCUGUUGGCAUAAAUGCACGUUUUCUCAAGAUUGGAGCCCCAUGCCGAGGUGAACGUAUCUCUAAACUGAACAGACUUGUGUCUAUCGAGGUCGCGUUAAAAGACAGCGACAGACUUCUCCCACAUGGGGAAUUUAAAUUCCCCACAAUAACAGUUCCACCCCCACCGGAAGGUGAGGAAGUGGAAGGGGAAGAUGCUGAACCUAAAGAAUCUUCUAGAAAAAAGUGAUCUAGACUACAAGUUGUUAAAGACAAUGUGGGGACGUGAAAACUUCUUUUCUUUUUCUUUAUAUGUCAAAUAAUGGGAUUUAUAAGGCAUACUGGAAUUCUGACAAUUCAAUGGGAAAGAUUUAAAUACUGUAUUAUUAUGUCAGUAUCUGCUACUUAAACAUCUGUUAUAGGAAUAAUAUUUUGUAAAGAGUUAUAAGUUUUCUACGGCUACUGUUUUCUGUGAUAUUGUUUCUAUGUUUUAUUAUUUCUCUUCUUUAAUUAUUUAUUGGGUUGUUUCAAAUGAUUUUAACUGUGAUAAUGAUAAGAAGAAUAUAUACUGAUAUGUAUUAAAAUGUAAAAAAUGUAA